AUGACUCCACGUAAUCAAUGCAACCUGCUGCAAGAUCUGCAGCUAUCAGUAGCACUUCACUUGAUUCCAAAUGAGAGAAGGACUCAACAAUCAAGGCAGAAAAAGAAAACUUGCAACCCAUUCUUUGAUGAGACAUUCGUUUUCCAGGUUUCUGAGAAGGAACUCGCCGACCAUUCAUUGCGUAUGACUGUCCUCGACACCGGAAGGAACAAGAAAAGCAAUGUGAUCGGUCACGUCACAUUUCCGCUUCGCCAUCUUGCCACAGAACAUCCUACCGAUCAGCUGGAACUAUUGAAGAUGGAUCUUGAAAAGGUCCGUUCACGCAAAGCUGAUACCAGUAAUCUUAUGAAGCUUUUAAACACCAUUGACACCAUUCUAAACGAUGUGUAG